AUGGCAGAAGAACGUGGUCCUUCUCACCCUGAUCCGUCUCGAUCGGCAGCUUCGCCUUCCCCCCCGCCUCCCGUCCCCGUUCCCCUUACGCCAGGCCCGCGCGCCGCCGUUCUGCACAAGGUGUUCGACCAGGCCUUGGCCCGCACGCUUCGAGCAAACUCCUACGCCAACUUCUCCGGAUGCUUCCCCACGCCGGCGAAAUACGUCCCGGGCAGUUUGGAGUCCGUCUGGAGACAGCUGAAUGCGAAAUUAGAAGAAAGCGCUCGCGCUGAAUUCGAUGACAUUGUGCGGGAGAGAGACGCGGUUCGUCAAUUGAACGAGCUGGAUAGGUUGGUCGGGGAGGCCUUGAAUAGAAGAGACAAUGGUCAAGGAGAUGGCGAGGUCGCCGCCCACACCUUGUCGCCAGAUGAGUUGUACCGCGCUCACCUAACUCCGUAUCUACAGGAGACGCAGACAACUCUGGAUUCCCAAAUCGAAACUACGCAGACCGAAAAUGCAGAGCUCGCGCACCGGGUCCAGGCCCAGCGAGUGGAAAUUGAAAGCCUGCUGUCGGGUCUUGAGUCGGUCGUUGCGGACCUGGAAGGGGCGGCCGCGGCGGCGACUCAAUUCUGCGACGAGAAUGAUCUUCGCAAAGAGGCUGUUCAGAUGGACGGGGAAGUGAAGGCCAGAUCGGACAUCUGA